CCAUGCUUACAGAUCUCAAGGCUUAAGGCUUUACAAUGAAAUACACAGAAAAUCUUUUCCUCUCCAAUAUUAUUUCUAGUUUAUACUUUUAUGUUUCAACAAGGACAAAGCACUUGCUUGCAGAUCUCAAGGCUUAAGGCUUUACAAUGAAAUACACAGAAAAUCUUUUCCUCUCCAAUAUUAUUUCUAGUUUAUACUUUUAUGUUUCAACAAGGACAAAGCACUUGCUUGCAGGUUUCAGCCUGUAAAGAUUCAUGAACCGAGCUAGAAGGAUGCUGUCCAGAUACUGCUAGGGCUGCAUGAGAAAUAUGAGGCACAUCUCACAACAAUGAUCAGGAGGAGCUCUUUGGGUCUGGACAGUAGACACUGAGUUUUUUCUUCAGUAUAAAGUUUUGUAUGAUCUUUUCAGUGAGAAGCUUCAGUCAAGGGAUAGGUUGAAGUCUGAAGGACAUGCAAGACUGAGGGGGACCAAGGGCUUUCGACCAAUGGGACUAGCCAUGAAACUGGCUCCAGAAGUUUGGAUUGCCAUGCUCGUCGGUUUGGCUGUAUGCCUGUAUGGUCUGAGUUUCAAGUCUUUGCAAUGGAUAUGAAGAAAGUGAUGAUGAAGGUGCAAGCACGUAAGCACGAGGUCCAGCCAUUAGGGAGAUACUAGGAAGGCAGAGGAGCAAGGAUGAAGCGGAUGGUAAGGGCUGUUUCCUACCUCCCACCUUAAGGACAACGUGGUUGUCAAGGGGGGAGUGAUGAUAAGGACCUGAGCUAAUUAGAGUUAAUAAUAAUAAUAAUAGAAUAAUACAGAGUAUCAAAUAUUUUGUUAGUGUACAAGCGAGGGGUCAGGCCAUGUGUUACAGAUUCCUUUUGGGGCAUAUGAUAUCAAAGGAAAGCAAUCCGCAAUAAAUGGAGUAGUAGACUACAAGAAUAGAAAGAAUCAUAGAUAUCAAAUAAUUUACUGAUUUGUUGCAAUUGUUAUUUUUUACUACCUCCGUUCCCAUUUUAACUUCCAAAUGGGUUUGGCACAAAGUUUAAGAUAGUGGAUAUUGUGUGGUGGAGAGUUGUGCAGAGGAGAGAGAAAUGUGUAAGAAAUGUUGUGAACCACAAAUUCUUUAUCAAAAAGGGAAAGUGGAAGUUUUAAUUGGAACGGACGAAAAAGGAAAGUUGGAAGUUUAUUUAGGAACGGAGGGAGUAUUUAUUUUCUUUCCAUUUAGGUUGGCAUAGAACAAGGGAAUUGAUUGUAGAAUCAACUCUAUAUAUUGGCAGAAUCCUGCAGGAAUAAAGUUAUGCAAUUUUCACCCCACAUUCACUAUUUUUCUCCUGGGCGGGGCGCACCUCACCUGCCACAAUUCGGAGCUUCACCCCAUAUUUUUCUCCUAACACUUAAAGUUGUUUCCAAACUAAGUUUCCAUUACCCACUCAAAUUUGUUUCCAAAAUUUUCCAAAUAGGUUAACAAAUUGUGUUACACUGUUAUUGCUUCUUUUUAAAUAAAAAUAAGUUUUUAUAUUUCCAAAAUUUUGUGUUACAUGUUUCCAAAUACACUUAAAUUCCUAAUACAAUCAAGAUUACUUUCUAAUUACCAUCAAACAACUACUACAUAAAUAUUUGGAAUUCAUUACUAAUGCUUUUAUAAUUUUUUACAGUCUUCUUAUACAAUGGAGAAUGAAUCUGAAAAUUAUCAAAAAAAUAGUACUCUUGAUUUUCACACUUAUGAGGUACUCUUGAAUCUGAAAAUUUUCACACCGAUGAUACAAGUGUUGAUGAUGUGGUCCUAAAAACCAUAGUUGAUGAGUUUCAAUCAGGUUGUAUGUCAGCACAAGAAAAGAAAAGACUUCAUGCAAAAUGGAUUGAGAUGAGAAAUCCAAAACUUAAUGCUAUGAAAGAGUCACUGAUUCAUGAAACGAAGAGAAGAUAAAAAAAAAUCAACCACUCAAGACCCAAGCGCCUGGGAGUACAUUGAGAAAAAAUACAAAAAAUUCAAGGGUACAAUAUCAUAUCAUGGUUCUCGUGGAUGUGGCAAGGAUAUUAAAGGGAAAUCUUACAGACAUCAAAAUCGAGUGCAAUUUAAUUUCGGUACUGAUGUUGAGACAUUCAUGCUUGAGCAUAUUAGUAAAGUUGUGGACGUUAUUGGAGGUGGACAUUGCGAAUAUCGCUCACUUGCAGAGCUUUUAGGUUGGGGAGAAAAAGAAUGGAUUAGAGUUCGAAGGGAGUCAGUGGAAGAACUAGAUCGUCAUCGUGGGUUGUAUGAUCCUAUAUGCCAUCUUGACACUAUUGAUGACUUGCGGGAGCAAAUAGACUACUACAUCAGUCCUGCACCAUCCCGGCAUUGGAUACACAUAUGCCGCACACGGGGUUGAUCUUCGCAAUGUUAUACCGGGUUAUUUUAGUGCAUCUUGACCUCCACGAACCGGUCACUUGUUUGCCCAUGAUCGCUCUUCCUGGUAGUAGUCCUCCGAAGACAAUUUUUUACAUUGCUCGGCUUCAUUCUCAACAACACUACAUAGUUGUAAGCAAACAAUAUUUCAUAGUUCCAUUUUGUUUUCACAUUACCUUUUUUUUAUUUUCACAUUAUCAUAUGAUAUGCAUAAAAUGACAACUUGUGUUGAUGCACAAAUUUGGCUUGACGACAAUGCUCCGUUGCCACCCGUUAUUACGACAUGGUCUUACUAUCAUCGAAUUAAACAGUUUACAGAAUGUCGUAAUGUUAUAAGACACCAUGUUACAAUUGUAUUGGAUGAUUGAUAUAAACCUUAUAUAUUAUAAAAACAUAAAUGUUUUGUUUUGUUUUUAACUUUGCACAAUUCUAUACUUUGUAUUAGAUUUUUUUGGAAAUUCUAUAUUAGAUUAUAUAUUUGAAUAAGUAACAUUUUUAAUUCUAGUAAACUAAUUAUCUUCAUUUUUUAUUUGUUGGACUAAUUUCAAACGUGGAGGGCCCCACCUUUUUAAAACUCCACCAGCACCAUUCUGAUUCCACAUUACGGUCAUAUAUGUUACAUGACUAGAUUUAUGAUGUGAAUAACAUUUAGUUAGUAUUUAAUUGAACUGGUUUCGAACCAGAUAGAUUUAAACAAAUACAAUCAAAUCUGACUAGACUAGCUUUAAAUAAUACUCCCUCUGUCCCGAAAAGGUUGGCCAAAUUUACUUUUUUGAAUGUCCCAAAAAGAUUUGCCAUUUCGAUUUAGAGUAAGAAAAUAUGUGGUUAAAAUUAAUUCUUUCUUCUCUACACAAAUUUCAACCACACAGUUUUCACUUUAUUAAUCCACGUGAAAGUCAAAUUUGGCCAACCUUUUCGAGACGGGGGAAAUAGUAAAUAUACAUUUUUGACCGUUCACAACACUUGAUCAGAUUUUUUUUAAAAAUUACAUAUAUAAUAUUGAUGUCAUAUGAAAGAUCAUAAAAAGAUAUUUAAUUUGGUACUUUCUCCGUCCCGAAAAGGUUAUACAAAUUUUCUUUUUUGGAUGUCCCAAAAAGAUUUGACAUUUCCAUUUCAAGUAAAGACAUGUCUCUCUUCUCUACACAAAUUUCAACCACACAAUUUUUACUUUAUUAAUCCACAUGAAAAUCAACUUUGGCCAACCUUUUCGGGACGGAGGGAGUAUAAUUUUUAUAAAAAUUGGAGCAAAAAUGAAAAAAUUAUGACACUUUAUAAAAAAAGGGGAUUACAUGCCACAUGGCUGCAUUUUAUUGGAUGCAUACUUAAUGUAAAAUUGAUACCGAUGCAAAGCAAUUUUGAUUAAGGUUUUAAUUAUACUUAAUUUUAAUUAAUAAUUAAGAAGGUUUUAAUUAUACUUAAUUUUAAUUAAUAAUUAAGAAGGCUAAAUUUGUCCAUUACAUUAAGCAACUGUGGGGUGCAUGAAGCAACACCCUUUUCCGGUGACUUUUUCCGGCAAACUCAUGACCACCAACAUCGCCCACCACCCGCCAGCACCACCGUCCCCCUGUAGACCAGCAUGUCCCUCCCCUACCCAUGCCCCAGCACCCCAGCCCCACGCCCCAGCAACCCCAACCCCACUUUCCUAAUCCAUCUCCAUAGAAAUCCCUGACCAGCUCAUGUCAACCCGCUACCGCCCAACCCUAGCUAGCUUCGUGACAAUCCUCAACCAUCCAUGGCAGUCGCUACUUGCCCCUAACCCCGUCGCAAUCUCGAAAACCCUAGCCCUAUCCGCCUAGCCACCGUAGAUCUGGAAAUGAGGACAACGGGAAAUCAUUUGUCAGACCUCUCCCUUCCAUCUUUUCGUCGAUCCAUCAAGGAUGAUGACAGACGCGGUCGUCGCACCCCCAAAUCAGUUGGAAAGAGAAGAAAAAAAGAGGUAUAUGACGAUGUAGGUGAACAACGACGUUGGUGAACGGCAUGGUCGACGUCCGCGAUGGGGCGGCGCGGCUGUGGCGAUUUCCUUCUCAAUGGCGGUGAUUUCCAGAGCUCUCCAAACAUAGGGCUUUAAUGAAGAAGAGAUGCAGGGAGCAGUCGAAGAGAGACGGAGUAACUGGGUAUAGUGGCCGUUGAUCAAACUGUGACCCUCUGGGUCCUGGUUGGCCCCGGUCACCUACCGGUCUGAUUUUGACAAAAUAUGUACUACAGUAUUACUACCUCCGUCCCUUAAAAUUUUGUCAAAAUUGACGACACGUAGAAUAAUAAAGUAAAAACUGUGUGGUUGAGGUUUGUGCAGAGGAGAGAGAAAUAACAGAAAUCACAAAAUAAUUGAUUAAAUGGGAAAGUGGUAAAGUUUUUUGGGACGUCCCAAAAAGGAAAGAUGACAAAGUUUUAAGGGACGGAGAGAGUAUUUCUUUGUGUGUGUACAUUGACUGUUAUGGGGAUACAUGAAUUAUAAAUUUAUUUGUACUAAUAGAUAUGUAAACUCUGUCGUGAUAUCAUUUUUUUGGUAUCAUACAUGUCCCAAGCCAGGAUAAAGGAGGAUAGUGUUGUGGUAGGCGUGUGACGACCAACAGUAUCACCUAGUCACAUCAUAUGACAUGAAUCGAAAUUUGAAUAUCGCUAAUGCUAGGUCAUCACCCGUAAGUGACGUGUCAUCCCUCCGCCUGGGGGUGGUGUCAAAUAUGCAAGAGCGUGCUACACUUCAUAAACCUGGGUGUGGUGAUAAGAAUGAUAAGGUUGCUAGGUUGCCGCCCGGAAGCGGCACGUCAUCCCAUUGCCCGGGGAUGAUGUCAAAUAUGCAAGGGCAUGGUGGGGUCCGAGAUGGGGCUAAGAACAAAAGGUGAAGUGCUAGAUUGCGUUUUGGGACAUGGAAUGUUGGGUCUCUUACGGGCAGAUCUUCCGAGGUAGUCUAGGUUACAAGGAGAAGGAAUAUUAGCAUUAUGUGUGUGCAAG